UAGAUCGCGCACGCUCUCGCAAUCGGUGCUCGUUGCUUGCACGCACACUGGUAGGAGGGAGCAGCGAGUAGUUGUGUUUGACGGCUGCUUCGUGUCUUCAGAGGACCGCCUUUCUGUCGUACGAAAGGAAAAGCGCUCUCAGGGGAAGGUGGAAGGUGAAGUAGCGGACAAUGGCGCGCUCCGCGUUUCUGUUGGCCUUGCUUCUGGUUGGUGUUGCAGUUCUGGCAAGUGCGGAGGCUCCGCCGGAGGUUACUAUCAGCUAUGUCAACUAUGGAGGCUCGGGCUGCAAUUAUGAGAACACGAACUACGUGCUGUCCAACGACUACAAGACGGUCACCUUCAUGUUCGGCGGGAUGGUUGCCAGCACGGACGCGUCCCUCGCCGAAAGGAGGAAGGCCUGCCAGAUGUCUUUCAAUAUGAUCUACCCGGAUGGCUGGAGCGUGUCCUUGGGGCAGGCCACGGGGCGCGGGUUCGCUGAAAUCGGCGAGGAGUCCGCAGGCAUCUAUGAGUCACACUACUACUUCUCCGGACAAACGGGUACGGCGAUGAUCGAGCGCAAAAUCCAAGGCGCAUUUACUGGCAGCUUCGAGUUCACGGACGACUUCCUGACGAUUGUCUGGAGCGAGUGCAACAACGCACCCAACUUGAACAUCAAGGUGGUGGUGCGAGUGGAGGGCAAGAAGGCGACCAUGGCUCUCGACUCCGCCGAUACCAAGUUCCAGCUCAUCUUCAACCUCCAAUGGAAGAAGUGUCCUUAGAACUGAGAACCCAUCCCACCACCAUCUCCCAUGUGGAGGAUAGUGGGUGAGAAGGGUAGGAGAUGUGGGCAGCUGUGCCGUCUUGAAUAUCUUUAGCCGAAUCAGAGCCGGACGCUAUGGGGUAUGCGCAAUGCAGUUUUUCGACAAGAUCCAAAUUGCGGCACCUUUUUAGCAGUCGUGGUUGUCGAGGAAGAAGGCAGGGUGGCUGGUUGGCACUGCAGCGAGUCUAAGGGUAGUUAGCCACAUCAGCAGACGUAGCCAGGCCGGUCAGUAGCUCACUUUCAUAUUCCGCCUGACGGCGUGUCCACCUGUGAGUGUCAUGAGUCCUCGAUAGACCUGUUUAUAGCUGUUUAAUCUACGUGGCAAAUGGGCAGAUCUGAGGCUGAUUACGGCUAAGUGCUGUCAAG